CAAUGACAACAACAAACAACAAUAAAGUAAUCAGUUGUAGAACUUCGCAUAUUCUGGUUGCUACGAAAUGUAAAAUCGAUUUUGAUCCCAGCGUAAAUAUGGAAACAAAUUUUUCCAACCCAAAUGCAAGCUGUUAUUGCUUUUAAAGUCAAAUGGGCUCGGCUGUAUCGAAUAACGCGGGUAGUGGCAAGAAUAGCGAUCAUGACAAAAUACUUGCAGCACAUUCGCCUGCUUUACUGGAUUUAGGUCAUGGAACAGUCAGGCAUCGUGAUAUUACAAGGGAGCAAAGUAAUUUAGAUGUACCCACUAAAAAAACAAAAACUGGUUAUUUUUAUCAUCCUAAGCUUGAUGACUAUAGUGAAGAUGCUGUGGUAAACCCUGAAGACGCAUUCAAAUUCUAUUACGUAUUCAAGGGCCCCAAGAAGGACCAGUCUAAGAAAUUAUAUUAUGUCUAUGGCACGAAUUUUAAUAGCAAGGAUACUGGAAUUAAGCACGAGUCGUACAAACCUCAAGGAAAAGGAUAUAGCUGGCCAGAAUCAUUUAGAAAAGCAAACAAUCUCUAUUAUGAGCUAAUAUUUUUAGAACAAGAUCCUGUAAGCCCUCAGUAUGCAGAUUCGAUUAGUUUGGACUCGGACCUAACAUUUGACAGCGGAAACACUGGCUCAACCCAGUCCAAAGAAAUGAUUCGAAUGGUUUUACAAAGCUACGACAAUGCUGAGGAAAUCAAGAGAAAAUUAGCAGUUAGACUUCUUGUGCCUGUUAUAAACAUUCAUAUCAUCUUCAACAAAACUGAGCUCAGAAAUGAAGAUAUAAUUGGAGAUCUGAGAUCACCAGAAGAAGGAGAAUGGACGCAGUUUUCUAUUUUGCUACGACUGAGCUAGAUUUCUUAAAAAAUAAGGCUCUCGGUGGAUUUACGGCUAGAGCCAGACUUACAUUGUAAUCGCGAUUAAUAAUUCGACGAGCCAUGCAAGCUCAAAUAUUAGGUUAUUUGCCUGCCAUAGACAUUGAUGCAAAUAAGAUAUUUGUGAGAUUUAGACCUCCGCACACCUGACGACAUUACGCAUAUAUUUUAUCUAUGGUGACUCUUUUAGUAAAAAAAUUAGCACCGGCGCUCAGGGUCACUUGCACCCCUAUGAUCCCCUCAUAUAAUACAGGGACGUCACAGGUGGGCGUGGUACUGUUAAUUGCCCUUAAAAUUUGUAGCAGUAAAGUAGGUAACACAGACAGAUAUAACUGUCUUUUCAUUUUUUAAAAAUAAAUAGGAAAUAAGGUUAAACAGAAAGAUGAAACUGAAACUGCAAGCAGAGGCGACUUGUAUUACGUUGUUUAUUAAACAAGACGAAAUUA